UGUCAUUGUUGUUGCUAGUUUCGGCUGAAUAAUUGUUUGUCAGCUGACAGAAACGCUUGCGGUUUGUGAAAUGGGUUUUUUCGUUUCAGCGCAACACUUGUACAAAAAACAGGAGCGACAGGCAGUGAGUGUCCAGCAGUGAGCAUCACAGGAUCUGGACAACUGGACUGAUCUCCACCCACUACAGCACAGAUAUCCCUGCAGACUAUGGCUGCACAGCAUACACAGUCUGUUUUUUACUCUCUGGACAAGCACACGUAAAUCUUUCUGCUUUUGGCUUUCUGUCAACACUUCCUGUCUUCCACUUUCUCAACCUUCCCUUUUUCCUCUCGUCUUCACUCUGUGAGAAUCCUGUACUCUGUGAAAAUGGAUGACACAGAGCCGGUGCAGCCCAGCCUCAAUUCCUCCUAUAUUCCAACUGGUCUUGGCAACCACCAAACAUCGGAGGAUGAGGAGAGCGAGGACCAGAGUCCCACUACAUCACUCCUGCCAAAGCAUUCCUCAGUGCCUCUGGUGGUGCGCUACAAUCCAGAAGACUCUUACUGUUUGGUGUACAUCAUCUUUUUUCUGAUGGGCAUCGGCUCCCUGCUGCCCUGGAACUUCUUUAUAACAGCUAAACACUACUGGCUCUACAAACUGAGUAACAACACUGACCACAGCAGCAAUAAGGAGCAACGUUCAGACCUCAGUGACUACUUUGAAAGUUACCUGUCCAUUGCCUCCACGGUGCCCUCGGUGCUGUGUCUGGUUCUCAACUAUCUCCUAGUUAACAGGUUGUCUCCAAAUGUGCGGAUCCUGUCAUCUCUUUUUAUCAUCCUGCUAGUGUUUGUGGUGACCACGGUGCUGGUGAAGGUGGACGUGUCAGACUGCAGGACGGAGUUCUUUAUUGGCACGUUAGCCAGUGUGGCUGUUGUGAGUGGAGCCUCCAACCUCUUCUCCGGCAGCGUGUUUGGCACCAGUGGGCAUUUCCCCAUGAGGAUUUCUCAGGCCCUUAUAUCAGGCCAGGCAAUGGGAGGCACUCUGAGUGCAGUAGCAUCAAUAGCGGACCUGGCAUUGGCGAAGGAUGUGACAGACAGCGCUCUGGCCUACUUUCUGACAGCUGAUUUUAUCAUUCUGCUCUGCAUCAUCUCAUAUCUGCUGCUGCCCAAGCUGGCAUACUCGAGACACUACAUGCUGGCAGCAACAUGCACAAGUCCAGGAUUGAUGAGUGAGGGAGGAGCAGCAACAGGCACAGGGAGCACAGUCUCUGUCCCACCACUGCAGCCUAUCCUCAGAAAGACGUGGGUGCUCGGCCUGAGCGUCUUCUACGUCUUCUGCGUCUCUAUCAUGGUGUUCCCUGCUGUGUCCUCUGGGAUCCAGUCUGUCCACAAAGACAGCGGGAGCAUCUGGACCAACACUUACUUUGUGCCCCUCACUAGUUUCCUCCUGUACAAUGUAGCAGACUUCUGCGGCAGGCAGGCCACAGCGUGGCUGCAGAUACCUGGUCCCACCAGCCGAUUCCUGCCUGUACUGGUGCUGUGUCGUUCCAUCAUGGUGCCACUUUUAAUUUUCUGUAACUACCAGCCAAGGGACCAUCUCCACACUGUGCUUUUCAACCAUGACUUGUACCCUGUAGUAUUUAACUGCCUGCUAGGUCUCUCUAAUGGCUACCUAGGCACUCUGCCAAUGAUUUAUGGGCCUAAGGUGGUACCACGGGAGCUGGCAGAGGCCACAGGAGUGGUCAUGUCCUUUUUCCUCACUCUGGGAUUGGCUGUUGGAUCAGCUUUCUCUGUGCUUCUUGUGCAUUUCAUCUGAACAGCCAGUUAAGCAAUGACCUCGUCAUUUUGCAGUGGUAUGUUCCAGCUACGGGGCAGACAGUAGCUGGACAGUGAUGAAUACUGGAACUACAAAGUGCACUAGUAAAGCCAGUUGUCUGCCAUGAGGGAAAAGUGCUGCUCAUUUCCACUCUAAUAAAGCCUUAACUCCUUCAUACCUCAGAUUUUAAAAGGUGUGUUAUGUUUACACUGCUGUAAGUCACAAUGUUCUCAGUCUUCCAUGAUGUCAUCUCUACAUAUUUAAGAUCUGGAAGUGACGUUCAGAAAAACAUUCAGUGCAGUCCAUGAGGGACACUUGUUUAACAAUAAAGCUGGUAUUUUUCAUUACACAAAAUUGAUUUGGUCUAAUGGGUUAAAAAUUAUGAUAAAUGAGGGUAUUAACAGUUUUAGUUCAUCUAAUAGAAAUAUGCAGAUGAGUAAGAUGCAACACAUUUUACUGAGGGAUAGUUUGAAAAAGUCUAUUUGUGUCUAUGUAGAAAAUGUAACAGAGCAUGGUCAGACUCUAAACUAAAUUUCCACUAUCAUUUUCAAAUCUGCAUUUGUUGCCACUGUAUACUUGUUAAUAUUUUAGUAAAAAUUCAACCUACA